CAGAUACAGAUUCAUAUUUAUUUUUGUUAACUAACAUUGUGGAUUUGUAAACUGUUAUCGUAAUCGAAGCAAACGAGUUAUUUUCACGCGUGAUACCUUAUUGCAAUGAGAAUCAUGAAGAGACCAAACAUUCUUCUCACAGGAACCCCUGGAGUUGGAAAAACCACAUUAGGAAAAGAGCUAGCUCAGAGAACAGGAUUAACCUAUAUCAAUGUUGGAGAUUUAGCACAGGAGGCUCAGUUGUUCGAUGGAUUUGAUGAAGAAUAUCAUUGCCCUAUACUGGACGAAGACAGGGUUGUGGAUGAGCUGGAGGACAAACUAGGAGACGGAGGGGUCAUCAUCGAUUACCAUGGCUGUGACUUCUUUCCUGAACGUUGGUUUCAGAUUGUUUUUGUCCUCCGCACAGACAACACCAAUCUCUAUAACCGUCUUGAAAGCAGAGGAUACGCAGGAAAAAAGCUCCAGGACAAUGUGCAGUGUGAAAUUUUCCAGACAAUCUAUGAGGAAGCCAUGGAAGCCUACAAAGAGGAGAUAGUCCACCAGCUCCCCAGUAACACACCUGAAGACCUCGAGACGAAUCUGGAACAAAUUAUUCAGUGGAUUGAACAGUGGAUGAAAGACAACAAUUGACAGGACAUUAUAUGUAACUUUCUCACACAAGGUUAUCUCCAAGUAGAGAUACUACAUUUCCAGACAAGUUUAACAGCCGUAUUGGCCUCAGACUGUAUGCUUCAAAGUUACUGACAGUAUGUGAGGCUGUUAAGUUGAAAUUAAACUCAAUUCCAUAAUGGAUGGAAUAAAUAAAUAUUUUUAUACUAAUGAAAA